UGGAUAUACAGAGAAGAUACAGCCAUGAGGGUAUUUUUGAUCGGAUGUCUGUGUGUGAUCAGUACAGUGCUCAUGGCAACCGCCAUUGACGCCUACUACGAUAUGUCUAGCAUUUACGGGGGAGGCGCUGGGAUGGGCUCCAUUGGCUACCCAGGUGCCAUGGGAUACGGGUACGGGGGCGGUGCUAUAGGCGGUGCUGGCGGCGGCGGGGGAGGAAUGGGUGGAAUAUUUGGAAUUCUCAUCUUCCUGUUUGUUUUCAUCAUCAUCAUAAAUGUCUUGUUCGGUGGAUCCGGUGGGUUUGGCGGACUCGGCGGGGGCGGCGGGGGCGGCAAGAGCAAGGGUGGCAGCAGCUACGGUGGUGGUGGUGGUGUGUUCGUUUUCAUCAUCAUCAUCAACGUCUUGGUCGGUGGAGCCGGUGGUUUUGGCGGACUCGGUGGAUCAGGAAGCAGCGGUAAGAGUGGUAGCAAAUACAGUGGAGGCAGCAACUAUGGCGAUGAUAAAGAGUGA